CCGAGUCUGACAGCCGGCGAGUGAGAGCGCGUGCGGACCUGAAGGUGUGUGUAUGUGUGUGUGAGUAUGGAGCUGUCAGGGUCUCAGGGUACAGACACCACAUGGUAGUGAGUUUUAGGGCAAAGACAGAGAGUAGUGGUGGUGUGUACAGUCAGUACCGGGAAACACACACCAGCAGUGUGGGACUGAUCUGCUUAUACCAGCUGAGAGAGAUGCAGACGUUUGUGAAAGGGAAGCGAGUGGGCUACUGGCUCAAUGAGAAGAAGAUCAAGAAGCUGAACUUCCAGGUUUUUGUGGACAUGUGCAGGAAGCGAGGCAUUGAGAUGGUUCAGCUGGAUCUGAGCAGGCCGAUGGAGGAUCAGGGCCCGCUCGAUGCCAUCAUCCACAAACUGACGGACCACAUCGUGGAAGCUGAUCAGAAUGUGAUCAAGGCUCAGAGACUGAUCCAGAGCGUGCAGGAAUACAUCGAUGCUCACCCUGAGACCGUCAUCCUGGAUCCACUUUCUGGGAUCCGCACGCUGCUCGACCGCUUUAGGUCCUACGCACUGAUACACAGAAUGGAGGAGUGUCUGGAGGAUGAGCGGAUCUGUUCUCCUCCGUUCCUCGUGCUCAGCAGUGGGUGCGGCCCUGACAUGUUGGAGCAGCUCCACAAAAGAGACAUCACCUUCCCCUUUAUGUGUAAGACUCAGGUAGCGCACGGUGUGAACUCUCAUGAGAUGGCCAUAAUCUUCAGUGAGGAAGACUUGAAGGAUAUCUCACCCCCCUGCGUGCUCCAGAGCUUCAUAAACCACAACGCUAUGCUCUACAAGGUGUUUGUGGUGGGUGAGGCAUACAGAGUGGUGCAGAGACCUUCCAUUAGGAACUUCCCGUCUGGACCUACAGACAGAAGAGCAAUAUCGUUUAACAGUCAUCAUGUGUCCAAACCAGAGUCAUCAUCAGACCUCACCUCUAGGGAGGACGUGGAGGGUCAGUGCAGGGCACCUAGUGAUGAUGUCAUCCAGAAAAUUUCCAGAUGUUUAAGACAGAUUCUCGGGGUGUCACUGUUUGGAAUUGACAUCAUCAUCAACAACCAGUCAGGACAACACGCUGUUAUUGAUAUCAACGCCUUUCCAGGUUAUGAAGGAGUCCCGACGUUCUUCGAUGACCUGCUGACUCACCUGACCAGCGUCCUGCAGGGCCACGCCCCCAAUCGAGCCAACAGAGUGAGCCAGCUGCCCUGUGGCAUGCUGGGAAACGAGAGCGUUGCCUUGAUGAUGGACAGCGAGGUGAUGAAGAAGGGUCUGAACUGCUGCAACGCUGAACUGGGUUCCACCUACCACCAACACCGGCGCUCUCGUCUCACAGCACACACGCCCUCACAGUGACCCUGUUUGACCACUUCCUGCUCAAUUGCAUCACUUCCUGUCAGGCCUCUGUAUGCGUAAUGACCGAAGAUGUGCUGAUAUUUGUGCAAAGAUCGAAGAGGAAAAGAACAAAUCAAUAUCUGAACUAAACCAAGUGAUUUAACUACUCUGCUUUUUCAGGAACUGGACUUUACUGACCAUAACGUGCCUUACACAUGCAGGAGAAAUCGUUUUUUAAGAGAAAGAGGUGGAGAAAAAAAACAAGGGAAUUGCACAAGUUUAGACAAAGCAGCUUCUUGAGGAGCAAACAGCUCUGUUUCUAUUCAUAACUUCAUACCUCUUUACUCAAAGUGCUAGCUGAUGGGUCAACAACAACAACAACAACAACAACAACAGAUAAGCUCAUAGGAAAGCACUCGCUGUAACCAUGACAACACUCCCACUAGUACAGGCUAGUGCAGACUAGCAUCCUGGCUAGGACAGGCUAACAUUAUUAAUAUUUGUAAAUAUUAGGUGUAAUCUUCAUGGUAUCGUUGUCAUCCUCAUCUUCAUCGCUCAGUGUCUCUGUACAUCAUUUAAAUAAACACAAAUUAAAUAUUCAUCACUCCCACUAGAGUGAGAAACCUUUACAGCUGCUAAGAUAAUUUAAUUUAUCUGUGUUUUAACGCAACUGAACAUGAACCAAACCUCAGAUUAAGCAAUCGCAAAAGUAUGACUUUUCUGGGUCACACCAGGAUCACCACCUCACUGCCUCGACCAUCAGAGUCACCAGCUUUGAGCGAGACGUUUUUACACGUCGACUGUUUCUCCGUUUAACCACUCGAUCCAUGACACAUGCGCUGACCCCCGAGACGAGCGCCGCUAGCAUUAUUUAGCUACGAUUGUAUCUUCGAUGCUAGCUGAUUCAUUCUUUCAGAUAAAAGUUUUCAGAUACCAAAGAAAAUAAAAAACUAGAGCUGUGCUAACCACUAGCUGUGAUUAGCUAGAACUGAUUAGUAUGAAUGUGAAUUAGUGGCUAGCUGACGAUUUAGGACAGAACUGAAUGAAGGAGGUGUAGAAAAACUCUCCAGUUGAUUUAUAUGUCUUUAAGUGAAGAUUUUUCCUGGACAGUCUGAUGAUUUUUAUGAAAGUCAUAAGUUCAUAAGUAUUGGGACAGUGUCAUUAUUUCUGUGCUCUUGCUCCUGUACACCACCACAGUGGAUUUGACAUGAAACAAUUUAGAUGAGACUGAAGUCGAGAACUUCAGCUUUAAUGUACAUACCAUACUGAGCCACUCUUUCGUUUCUUCACGUUUCUUCACUCAGUUCCCAGACACACGGCUGGGAUUUGAUCCAGCAGCCUCUUCAACCGUUACUCUACUGAUCCUUCCUGGGCUCGGGAAAGAGUUUCAUCCAAGAUGAGGAGAGACUCUGUAAAUAAAUGAUUAUAUAACCCUCAAUAGUUCAUUUUUCUUUUUUGUAAAUCCCUAGAAUUAAAGCUGAAAGUCUCCACUUCAAUCCCAUUGAGGUCUUCAUGUCAGCGCCAUUGUGGUUGUGUGUGUGUGUGUGAUCAGAACCAUCACUCCCACUCUACCUGUGUUCUUUUAGAGCUAAAAAUGUAAAUAUGAAAAUAAGGAGAUUUUCACUGAGAAUUAAACACUGGUAUAUUUUGUGUGUGUGUGUUAUAUUUGUAUAUACUGUACACACAGUAUUUGUGUAUAUGUUGUUGUUGCCACAUUUCAAUGACAUGUAAUGGAAGGAAACGGGUGCAGAGAAUAAACUCUAGUUAAACAAC